CCGCACCGUCCGGGGGGCACGGGCCGGGCGCCCCUCCGUUCCCGGACGCCCGGGCUGCCACCUCUCCAGACUCCCGUGCCCAGAUCGCUGGGGAGCCCGGCGACAGGGGGCGCCCCGGAGCCAGGGGGAGACCGCGAGGCGCCGACUAGAGCCUGCAGGCGGUGCUGCCCCCGCCUCCCACCUCCCCGCGCCCCACCCCGAGGCUGGGGCUUCGGAGGAUGCAGCCGGAAAACCUUUGGUAACUAACUGAGAAAAUGCAGAAGAUCUUGCAAACAGAGGAAAUUACCAAUACCCAAGCUCUUAGAAAAGGAAAGAGGAAAAGGACGGAGACGAUGGACUCAGAGAAUGCGAACAGUGACCUGGAUAAAGGGCAGAGAGACCCAUAUUCGGGAAAUGCCUUUCUGCCCGGUGAGAGCUCCAGUGAGGAUGAAGAGCCUCUAGCAGAAUUGUCGAAGGAGGAAUUGUGCACAAAAAUAAGAGGCCUGAAACAAAAACUAACAAACAUCCGGAAAGAAAAUAGCCGCCUUCGACAGUCUUUGGUCAUGCUUCAAGUUUUACCACAGGCCGUCACCCAGUUUGAAGAAUUGGUUGGUAUGGCGGAGGCCCUGCUCAAGGGUGGAGGAACCCUGUCCACGUCUGCGUCCACCCUCUGGAGAGCAACAAAUAACUCCUCACCAGAUUCAUUUGCCUCCACGUGUAGUAAUUCUAAUUCUAAUUCCAGUUCACCAGUUUCCUUGAAAGCUGAGGAAGAGCAUCACACAGAUGAGAAACAGUUCAAGAUUGAAAAAUGGCAGAUUGCCCGUUGCAACAAGAGCAAGCCUCAGAAGUUUAUUAAUGAUUUAAUGCAAGUGCUUUACACAAAUGAAUACAUGGCCACACACAGCCUGACGGGGGCAAAAUCCUCCACUUCAAGGGACAAGGCAGUGAAACCAGCUAUGAAUCAGAAUGAAGUUCAAGAAAUCAUAGGAAUCACAAAACAAUUAUUUCCCAACACAGAUGAUGUUUCAAUUAGGAGAAUGAUAGGGCAAAAGCUAAACAAUUGUACCAAGAAGCCAAAUUUGAGCAAAAAUCUGAACUCUCAGGAUAUUAAGUAGAUCCUUUCGGUAUUAUAGUUACCUGAAACAAAAGCACCUUCAGUUGAAAAUCUAACAUUGGAUUUUGCUGGAGACUCUGCAGCCUCCCUGGCAGUGAGCACAGGGACAGGUGCAGUGACAGGCUGGGAGACACCUGUGACAUCGUUGGGCCGCCCUGAUGGAGCACAAGCUUGUGAAGAAGCUGCAUGUAGAUUUCACCCUCAGUAUCAGUGACGCAUCAAACCAGAGAAUUUCUAGCAGGCCCAUGAGCAUGCAAUAUGGUUUCUUGGAAAUAUGCACUUUCCCGCCCCAAAGUAGUCCUUUGUACAGCUAACCUAACAGGACAAUCAGAGCUCUUAUCCUAGCAACGAAAACUUUAACCCCUAAGAUUCAUCAUUGUCCUAAUCCAUCCCUGUACGUUUAUUAUUACCAAUGACUCUCCAUUUUAGCUUUUGGAUCUUUAGUAUAAGCACAUGUUUGGAAAAGUAAACAGUGAAAUAAUCAAUGUUCACAAACAUGACAGCAAAAUCAGCCUAAAAUCUGAUAAUCAUAUCUAGCGAAGUAAUAGAGUUUUGGCAAUAAGAUUACAGGGUUAUUCUGUUACAUAAAAUUGUGUAAAAUAAGAAUCUGAAAAAAUGAGAACAGCAAGACCUUUUUAUUUUAAUAUUAAACUAUUCCACUGUGCUCCUGAAAAAGAAA